AUGCAGUCUAAUCCUUAUCUAUCUCAGUCUGUUGAUAUCUAUCUAUCUCAUCCACUCAUUAUCUAUCUAUCUAUCUAUCUAUUUAUCUAUCUAUCUAUCUCAGUCUAUUUCUAUCUAUCUGUCUCAGUCUGUUCGUAUCUAUCUAUCUAUCUAUCUAUCUAUCUAUCUAUCUAUCUAUCUAUCUAUCUAUCUAUCUAUCUAUCUCAGUCUAUUCCUAUCUAUCUGUCUCAGUCUGUUCGUAUCUAUCUAUCUAUCUAUCUAUCUAUCUAUCUAUCUAUCUAUCUCAGUCUAUUCCUAUCUAUCUGCCUCAGUCUGUUCGUAUCUAUCUAUCUAUCUAUCUAUCUCAGUCUGUACGUAUCUAUCUAUCGUUACUUUUUCCAAUCAUUAUCUAUCUAUCUAUCUAUCUAUCUAUCUAUCUAUCUCAGUCUAUUUCUAUCUAUCUGUCUCAGUCUGUUCGUAUCUAUCUAUCUAUCUAUCUAUCUAUCUAUCUAUCUAUCUAUCUAUCUAUCUCAGUCUAUUCCUAUCUAUCUGUCUCAGUCUGUUCGUAUCUAUCUAUCUAUCUAUCUCAGUCUGUACGUAUCUAUCUAUCGUUACUUUUCGUUUCUCUAUCUAUCUAUCUAUCUAUCUAUCUAUCUAUUGCAAUAUGUUCAUAUAUCUCUCUCUUUCUCUCUCUCCCUAACUAUCUAUCUAUUGCAGUCUAUUCCUUAUCUAUCUAUUUAUCUAUUUAUCUGUCUCAGGUGGUGA